CCUCCUCUCUCCUCUCUUCCCUUCUUCCCCCCAAUUCCUUCUCUUCUCCCACCCUGACCAUCCGACGUUGAUCUCGGGGACUUUGUCACAAUGAUUGCCGCCAGAAACUUUGUCGCUCCCGCCCGCCAAUGCUUGCGGACAACACGUGUGUCCCCUCGCAUUGCCUCGCCUUUCUCGCAGCUUCGCUCUUACUCCGUCGCUGCCGAUGAGCGUGUCGCCAAGUUCAAGGGCCAGAAGGGUUCUGAUGGAAAAUACACUGUGACCUUGAUCGAGGGUGACGGUAUCGGUCCCGAGAUCGCCCAGUCGGUGAAGGAUAUCUUCGCUGCCGCCAACGCCCCUGUCAAGUGGGAGCCCGUCGAUGUUACUCCCAUCCUGAAGGACGGCAAGACCGCCAUCCCCGACGAGGCCAUCAAGAGCGUGCAGAAGAACUACGUCGCGCUCAAGGGUCCUCUCGCUACCCCCGUUGGCAAGGGCCACGUCUCUCUUAACCUCACCCUCCGCCGUACCUUCAACCUUUUCGCCAACGUUCGUCCCUGCCGGUCCGUUGCCGGUUACAAGACCCCCUACGACAAUGUCGACACUGUCUUGAUCCGCGAGAACACCGAGGGUGAAUACUCCGGUAUUGAGCACGUUGUCGUCGACGGUGUCGUCCAGAGCAUCAAGCUUAUCACCAAGGAGGCUUCCGAGAGAGUGCUUCGCUUCGCCUUCCAGUACGCCCGCUCGAUCAACAAGAAGAAGGUCCGCGUCGUGCACAAGGCCACCAUCAUGAAGAUGUCUGACGGUCUCUUCCUCAACCUUGCCCGCGACAUCGCUAAGGAGUUCCCCGACAUUGAGUUCGACGCCGAGCUUCUCGACAACUCUUGCCUGAAGAUCGUUACCGACCCCACCCCCUACAACGACAAGGUUCUUGUCAUGCCUAACCUGUACGGUGACAUUCUGUCCGACAUGUGCGCCGGUCUGAUCGGUGGUCUCGGUCUGACCCCCUCCGGUAACAUCGGUGACGAGUGCUCCAUCUUCGAGGCCGUCCACGGUUCCGCUCCCGACAUUGCUGGCAAGGGUCUUGCCAACCCCACUGCUCUGCUUCUGAGCAGUAUCAUGAUGCUUCAGCACAUGGGUCUGAAUGAGCACGCUGCCCGUAUCCAGAAGGCUACUUUCGACACCCUCGCCGAAGGAAAGGCCCUCACUGGUGACCUGGGUGGUAACGCCAAGACCCACGAGUAUGCCGAGGCCAUCAUGAAGCGUCUGUAAGGGAUUGGAACACGCUGUACUAUUCCCCUAUAUUGUUUCCUUUUUAGCCUGUGAAUGACUAGACCAAAUAUGUAGUGACCUACUGUAUGUGCUCUUAUGUAUCUAGAUGCUAUCUCCGUUUUACUUUGUG